AUGUCUCGUUCAAGAUUCAAUAGCAGGGAAGGCCCCGAUGAACGACUGUCCGAGGGCAGUAUUCCCGGCCUAUUUUCACAAAUCGCCACACUGCCAGAACUCGCAGUCACCGACCUGGUGAGCCAUCCCGACGGCUGGAGUUUCCAACCAAGACCUGUGAACACAGGCCUCGGCCUCUCCGAGCUCGAGGCUUCCCUCAACGAAACAUUCAGCGCAAGUCGCUUCCACCACCACUCGAGGCGCAUGAGGCUCGAGCUGCAAGACCCACUCGUUUCUCAGCCUUUGCUCAAUAGUGACGACCCUGGGAUACUGGAUCUCUACAAAGCCCAGCCCAUUUCGGCUAUCGAGUUUGAAAUACCGACAGCCCACCCUUUGGCCGAGGUUAGAACCUCCCCAGGCUGGCAUGAGGGCGCUCGAGUGAUUGACACAACUACGUUUGUGGACGAACCUGUGGUGUCGUUCACCACUGACGUAACAUGCUUCCACCCCAGUCCCGUUACCGUCGCUGAGAACGGUCCUCUUCGUCACUUGUCCGACGUCUAUAUCACUAAGGAACCCAUGAGGAUCACCUCAAGCAUCACCUCGUGCAAGAACCUAUUCGACUAUAUCGAAAGUCAGCGCCUGUGCGGUUGGGAGGUAGAGACAGACUUGACAGGACCCGGUAACGAGCAGAACUUACCCUUUACCGCUAGAAGAUGCCCGGAAAAGCCCGACAUUACCAUCUACGAUGCUGAUAUUUCUGUCAUGAGAACUGACAGGAAAGGGGACCCUCGCUCGUUCAGUAGGAGGGUCACGUAUGACCCAUCUCUCAAACCGGUGACGAGGCCAGAAGUGGAGGACGAAUAUAGAUUUACGACCAUUCGUCAAUCUCAGCCUGACUUUAUCCAAGGCGCGACUUUUCUUGUGUCUUCUAAGGAUCUUGCGCGGGGAGGAGCGUGA